GCUCUGACUGGUGUUCAUCAACAUGUCACAGAAAGCUGCAUUAAAGCGUAAACCAACUGAGCCUAUAGGCGCGUUCCAUUGGCUGAGCAUCUGGCGCGCGUCUCCGCCUGCUCUAAUCAUUUCGAGCGCUCGCGCCCGCUUCCGAUGCGUGCGACGGGACGGUCUCGCGCCCCGCUGUAUCUACUCCACGUCUUUCUCCCUCGCUGAGCCCGGAGAUUAACUACAAACACAACAAUGUGGAGGAUUUAACGCCUAGCAGCCCCUGUUCCAUUUUACUGACAUUUAAAUCGUCGAGUUUGGGUUUAAUCCUGAUAAAAAUGGCGACGGGGGCAGGCUGGCAGCCACCGUACAACACCUCGACUAGCAACACCAAAUAUACCCCCUCACCAACAUCCACUAUGUUUUACGAUGGGAGUUUGACGCUGGAAUACACUCAAGACCUGCAUCUGAAGAUGAGCAAGAAGAUAGCACAGCUGACAAAGGUGAUUUAUGCUCUCAACACCAAGAACGACGAACACGAGGAAGAAAUCGAGUCUCUGAAGGAAGCCCACGAGGACGAGGUCCAACACAUAGUGACAGAAACCAGAGACAAGAUCAUGCAGUACAAGAGUAAGAUGGCGGACGAGGCAGACCUGAGGCGGCGGCUGGCCAGUCUGGAAGAAUCUGUCGAACUCCACGAACACAUGAAGAGACAGGCUUUAGCAGAGUUUGAGAUGUACAGACAGAGAAUGGAGGAUUCCCAGCUCUGCACUGAGGCCCAGCACACACAGAGAGUGGUUUCUAUGAGCAGAGAGGUGGAGGAGAUGCGUCGGGAUUUUGAGGAGAAGCUGCGGGCGUUCAGCCAGGCUCAGGCCCAGUUUGAGGCGGAUAAACGGCGAGCGCUGGAGGAACUGAGGACCACCCACCGCCAGGAGGUGGAGGAACUCCUCAACAACCAGCAGAACCAGAGCGCCACCUCCACCGAAGACCAGGAGAAACUGGCUGAGCUCCAUAGACAAGAGGUAGAGGCAUUGAUGGAGAGGGUGGAGGAGCUAACAAAGGAUAAAGUUCGUGUGGUGGAGGAGUAUGAGGCCAAGCUGGGGAAAGCUCAAGAGUGUUAUGAGAGAGAGCUGGAGGCCAUGAGGAGAACACACCAGCUCACUACUGAGAACUUGUUGGCCUGGAAGAGGACUGAGGUUGAACUCCGUAAGGAGUUCCAGGCUCAAGAAACAGCGCUGCAGCGCUCGCUGUCCAAACUGAGGAGCGAACUUCAGAAAGCACAGGAGGAGGCCAGGGAGAACCGAGACAAGACCAACAGACUGCAGACGUCUCUGGCCAAUGCCGAGGGAACCAUAAAGAACUUGCACAAGCAGCUGGAAGAGGCCAUCCAGGACGGAGAAAUCUGGGUGAUGCAGCUGAAGGACACAGAAUAUGAACUGGAGGGCAGCAGGGAACGAGUUCAACAGCAGGCGACUGAAAUCCUCCAUAAAGCCAGUCAGAUCGGCUCCUUGCAGGCCACUCAGAUGGCCCAUGAGGCGACCAUCAGGAACCUGGACCAGGAGCAGAGCCGGCUGAAGGAGAAGAUCAGCAGGCUGGAAGAAGAGAGGGAAGUUCUUCUCAACCAGAGCCAAGCUUCCAACGAACAGCACAAACAACAAGUGGUCAAAUUAGAACAGUCUUUGCGUGAGGAGCACCAGGGUUACGAGAAGGAGCUCUCCAGGCUGAGAGCACACUAUGAGGAGGAGAUGCUUCGCUUCAAGGAGGCACAGGUCAGAGCACUGGAGGAAAUGGAGGAGAAGCACCAGGCCAUGACUGAGGAGGCCCAGCAGGAGAAGGAGGAGGAGAAGAAACUGCUAAUAACGAAAAUGAGUCAGGAGUUUGAGAUUAAGCGGCUGUCACUGGAGGAGCAGCGAGACCGCCUUCAGCAGCAGCUUGACAACUUGAAAGAGGAGCUCUCGGCCAAGCUCAAUAUGGCCAAUCAGGAGGUGUCCCACCUCCAGGAGCUGGUGAGGGAGGGGGAGCAGAACCUGAGUUCAGCUCAGACACAGAUCACCUGUCUGAGGGAGACUCAAGAGAAGCUCAGGAUAGAACUAGACGCAACUAGAUCCAGAGUCCGAGAGACCAGUAGCCUGCUAACUGACCUACAGGAGGAGAUUGAGACUCAGAGACAGCAGCAUGAAGCCAGAGUGAUGUCCAUCAGAACAGAAGAGAAGCAGAAGAUGGACAAGAUGGCGGACGACUUGGACCAGAAAUGGAGAGAAGCACUGCGGGAAGAGGUGCGUUUGUUGAAGGAGGAGUUGAACGAGGAGUACGAAGCAGACAAACAGGCGGCGCUGACUCAGCUGUCCCAGCAGAAAGAGCUGGAGAUGAUGGCGUCAAGAGAGGGCUGGCAGAGGAAGGUGGAGGACCUGCUGGAACAGAUCUCUCUGUUGAAACAGUCUCUGGAGUUGCAGUUGGCUCAGUCUCAGUCAGCUCUGCAGCAGCUGCAGUCUCAGUUCAACCAGGAGAGGGAGCUGCUGAGCCAACAGCUGAAAGAGAUGCAGAGGGAACAUCAGAGGAGAGAACAUCGUUUACAGGAGGCUCACUGCUGUGCCCUGAGCACCAUGGAGGAGGCCAGACAACACCAGAUUAGGGCCUUGGAGGAGCGUCUGAAGCAGGAGCAGCGGGAGGAGGUUCAUGCUCUGAAGGAGGCCCACAGGAGGACCUUGGACAUCCUGAGACAGCAGUCGGAUCAGGAGCUGCAGACCCUGCGCUUCGAGCUGGAGGAUGAGGGCAAAGCAAAGCUGGCGUCGCUUCGCGCAGAACUGAACCACCUUCAUGCUACAGCCGUAGAGCAUCUAAAGCAGAUCCACAUUAAGGAAAACACUGCAGCCAAACGGGAGCUAGAGAAUGCAAUGGAGCACAGCCACAAGCAGGAACAAGAGCUCCUUGCUCGUAUCUCGGACCUGCAGGGGGAGGUGUGUUCCCGUAGCAACCGCAUCACAGAUCUGGACCAUGAGAUCCACUCUUUGAACGAAACAAUCGACACUCUGACCAGAGAGCUGGAGCACAAAGGCAAAGAGGUGCUGCGGGUCCGCAGUGAAGCUACCCAGCAGAUAAGGGCCCAUGAACAAGACCUUUCAAAGAGACACGAGAGAGAUCUGGGGGAGCUAAGUGCGGUCCAUCACAGAGAAACACAGAUAAUGCUGGCUGACUUCAACAAGGCCCAGGAGGUCCUCAAAGAUAAGAUUUCUGCUCUACAAAUACUGUUGGAGGGAACAGAGGAGAAGUUAAGAAACCGAGAAAGCCGACCAGAAGACCUGCAUAUUAUAGCGGAGCUCAGAGAGAUGGUCACCGAAAGAGAAGCUCUGGUCAAAAAGCUGGUGGAUGACAAGAAGUUCUACCAGUUGGAGCUGGUCAACAGAGAGACGGGAUUCAGCAAGGUCUUCAAUUCCAGUGCCAAUGUUGGUGUAAUCAACCCUCUAAUCAAAUUAAAAACAGGCAGCCAAUCAGAUCACCGCUUCACCAGCUUUCCUAGCCAGUCAGCUCUCCGAUUCGUCAGUCCUCCCACCAUGAGUCAUGGAGGAGAGGAAGAGGAGGGACGGGAGGUGGAGGAGCAUCCUCCUCCUCCUCCUCCUAAUCUUCCUUCCUCUCCUCAUCCUCCACAUCAUCCCAUGUCAAGCCUUGCUCUUCCUCAUGCUCCUCAUCCUCAGGAAGCCCCUGUGCAGCAUCAGGGCCUACAAAGCUUUAGGAGCCAUCAUGAGGCCAGCGCCACGACGCCAUCCGACCCAAGGGGGGUGGAGGCAGGAAAAAGCAAAGAAUAUAUUGCAAAGGAAGAGGAACUGUACUCCCAGUAUUUCUCUUUCUGACCGGCAAAAAAAAAAAAAAAAAAAAAAAAAUCCCAAUCUUGUCAAAAAAUUAA